UCCGGAAGAAAUUUCUUGUUGCACCAGCGGAAUUUCCAGUGGUUCUGUUGUUUGUAGUAGCUUAUUUGGCUAGAGCGGCGUGUGGCAGAAUAGUGAAGCAGAAAGUGCUUGUUACGUUAAAACAUUCGGACCGCCGUCAUUGAAGCGCCUCAUUAGAACCGUUAAUUAGCUAGCUAGUUGAAAGGACACGGCGCUUGUGCUGGAGAAAUCAUUGUAAGAGCAGAAACAAUGGAUGAAGAACCGGAGAGAGCUAAGCGCUGGGAAGGAGGCUAUGAGAGGACAUGGGAGGUGCUUAAGGAAGACGAAUCUGGUUCACUCAAAGCCACAGUGGAAGAGAUCCUCUAUCAGUCCAAAAGGAAAAGGGUGAUAGAAAGCCAUGGACAAGUAAGGCUUGGAAUGAUGCGUCACCUUUUUGUGGUGAUUGACUGCUCACGCAGUAUGGAAGACCAGGAUCUGAAACCAAACCGCCUCACCUCAACUCUAAAGUUGAUGGAAGCAUUUAUUGAUGGGUAUUUUGACCAAAAUCCCAUCAGCCAGGUGGGCAUUAUCACCACAAAGAACAAAAGGGCUGAGAAGCUGACUGACCUGGCAGGAAAUCCAAAGAAGCACAUUGCUAUGCUGAAGAAAGCAGUGGACACAGUGUGUGUAGGAGAGCCAUCUCUGUACAACUCUCUGAAGCUGGCCAUACAAACACUCAAGCACAUGCCUGGACAUACAAGCCGAGAGAUCCUGAUAAUCCUUAGUAGCCUCACCACGUGUGACCCAGCCAACAUCUAUGAGAUGACAAAGACGCUGAAGUCUCUGAAUGUGCGAGUGUCAAUAAUUGGCCUUUCAGCAGAGGUCCGGGUGUGUACAGUGUUGACCAGGGAGACAGGCGGCUCAUACCAUGUUAUCCUGGAUGAGAGUCACUUCAAAGAGCUGCUGAUGCUGCAUGUUAAGCCUCCUCCAACCAGCUCAUCAUCUGAAUGCUCUUUAAUUCGCAUGGGUUUUCCUCAGCACACAAUUGGCUCUCUGGCUGACCAAGAUGCUAAACCUGCAUUCAGCAUGUCUCAUCUAGACAGCAGCAGCGGUCCGUCUCUGGGAGGAUACUUCUGUCCACAGUGCCACUCUAAUUACACAGAGCUUCCCGUGGAGUGUAAAGUCUGUGGUUUGACUCUGGUAUCAGCCCCCCAUCUGGCCAGAUCUUUCCAUCACCUCUUCCCCCUUGAUGCUUUUAUAGAGAGUCCGGUGGAGGAGCACCAAAGAAAUGGUUUCUGCCAAGCCUGUCAAGGAGAGCUGAAGGAUAAAAGUAUAUUCACCUGUCCAUCAUGUCGCAGUGUGUUCUGUGUGGAAUGUGAUCUCUUCAUCCAUGAUUCGCUGCACUGCUGCCCCAGCUGUAUUCACAGUCAAACUGCUUCUUGAAGCUGAGUGCCAGUUAUCCGACAGAUACUGAAGCAGACUCAGUGGUCAUGUAUUCGGUAAUUACCCAGACCAACCGUUUGUUAUUGACUUGUCAUGUCUCUCCUGUCAGUGUUUGUCAACCUCUGAUAAUAUGGGAAUCAUGCACGCACGCUGCCUAUGACCCAUCCAAAUGGGCAUAUUUGAAAGGCUUCUAUGUGAAGAUUGACACAAAAUACAGAAAUUUUUUGAUUGAUACAUUUUGUUUGAGAGUUAGUACAGUUCAGUUAGUAAGUUCUGGUACACAAAUCUCUUCAUUUUUAAAAAAAACUUUAAAUCUAUGAUUUUUGCUGAGAUUUUGGCUCUUUGGCACAUUUACUGAAAUUUAACCAUGUAAGAAUUUAAGAAGGAAUAAUCACUAUUUAGUGGAACUGUUAGACAUCUGAAAUGUGAGCCUGACUACACAGUUUUUUGGAAGACAAAAUUGUUGCAACACAAUGGUGUAAUCUAUAGUUAUGUGUUUUAUUUUAAAAGCUUGUUAUACUUUAUUAUUCACUGUGUCAAAUCCGUAUCUUAAAGUAACUCAAGCUAUUACAUGAUGGCAGUGGCAUAAAGAGUAAAAUAUUUCUAUCUGAAAUGCAGUGAAAUGGAAGAAGAAAGUAGCAUAAAAUGGAAAUACUCAAGUACGUACAAGUUCCUCAUAACUGUACCCAUGAGCAAAUGAGUAAAUGUAGUUAGUUAUUUUCUGUUAUACAGAGCAUAUACUGAUCAGCCACAAUAUUAAACCACAUGAGGCCUGGAGUCCACAGAUCUCUAAGAGUAAGAUGUCAUCAGGAGAUCCUUUAAGUCCUGGACAUUGCGAGGUGGGGCUUCCAUGGAUUAGACUUGUUUUUUUCAGUACAUCCCAGAAAUGCUUGAUCUGAUUGAGAUCUGGAGAGUUGGGAGGCUGAGUCACUACCUUGAACUCUUUGUCAUGUUCAAACCAUUCCUGACCAGUGUAUUAUCGUGAUGAAAAAUGCCACUGUUAUCAGGGAUUAUAGCUGCUAUUAACGAGUGUAUGUGGUCUGCAACAUUGUCUAAAUAGCUACUAUGUGUCAAAGUAGCAUCACCAAGAAUCCAGGACUAAGGCUGUCCCAGCAGACAUUUGCUCUGACAUCAAACCGCCUGCAUUGACUUGCCUUCUUCCCACAACAUUCUACUGCCGUCUCCUUCACAGAUAAACGAUGCACCCUGCUGUCCUCAUGAUGUAAAAGAAAACUAUCAGACCAAAUCACCUUCUUCCAUUCCUCCAUGAGCCAGUUCUGCCACUCACAUGCCCAUUGUAGGUGCUUUCCGUGGUGCACAAUGGUCAGAAUGGGCACUCUGACUGGUCUGUGGCUAUGCAGUCCCAAACACAGCAAGCUGUGAUGCACUGUGUGUUCUGACACCUUUCUAUCAGAACAACAUUAAGGUUGUCAGAAGUUUGUGCUACAAUAGCUCUUUUGUGGGGUCAGACCACAUUGGCCGACCCCCUCUCCACCAUAAAUUAGCUUAACCGUGACCCUGUCACUAGUUCACUAGAGGACCCCGCAGUUUGCUCCUUGUUAAAGUCACUCAAAUCCAUAAGCUGCCCAUUUUUCUUGUUUCCAACACAUCAACUAUGAGAACUGACCCACUAUCAUUUCUGUACGAGGUUCAACUCAGCACAAGUUUGAGCUGCAUGCAGCCACAAUAAUGAAGAAGCAGGUACAAGUAACAUUAUUUUGAGCUGCUUUAAGAUAUUGUUAUUAUUAUUAUUGUUAUUAUUAUUAUUCUAAUUUUACUUUUAUCCACAUUUCAGCAACAAUAUUUGUCCAAAAGCAUCAUAGAAAGCAAAAGACACAGUUUGGUGCCCAAGUCAUAACACCUUUCUUAUUGAAUUUGCUCUACACUUUAAUAUCUAUUUGGCUAAAAACCGAAUUGUCCAUUUAAAUAGCAAAACUAUAUUGCUAUUAAAACACACACUAACCGCUUAGAUUAGUGAGACCUGCCAAAAAUUAAUCCAAUCCAAGUUUUUCCCCCCACAAAAUAUUAACAGGAGCUGAAAUUUAGUUUGUUUCUUACAGAUGUCUGUUGGAGUCGUUUCUCUGGUUUUAUUAAA